AUGCUUACUCAAAGGCUAACUAUAAAUGUACCAAAAGCUAUCAAACGUAACAUUGGUAUUCUUGCACCAGCACUUCAAAAAGCAACAGAUCCGAUACAAAAACUUUUCAUAGAUAAAAUCCAUGAAUAUACGGCAAAGAGCGUUGGUGGAAAAUUAGUCGAUGCUAGUCCUGAAAUUGAAAAAGAAAGACAGUCGGAGCUUGAUAGAAUUCGGAAACAAUAUAAUAUACAAGGUGAUCCAAAAGAAUUCCCAAAACUUAAAUUUGCAGGUAUGCUGAUUUUUUAAAUUACUAACAGAAGCACAUACAGUAAUUUAUAUAAUUAGGAUUUUCAUUAAUUUUUAUAUUUAUUUUAAAACAUAAAGAAUCUUUUAUUUCAGCUGCGGUAGUCGAAAAAUAA